AUGUCUCAUCUGCAUUCCAGGAUUCCAUCUCCCAGCAGGGACAAGAUUUGUAUGGGUGAUGGAAUGGAAGUAUCAGGAUUACAAUUGUUUGGAGUUGCAACAUGCUUUCUAGUGGUGUGCCAUAAGAAGUUGAUGCAGUCUCUGGCGGUAUACGUGCUGUGGACAUUGCGAGUGGUAGGUACAGUAAAACUCGGAUGCCCCAGUUUGAAAGAAUGGUAG